UUUCCAUCUACUCACUACUCUGACAGGCCAUCGCGGUCUCUGGAAGAGGGGCGUGCAUCACCGCGACAUCAGCCCCAGCAAUCUCAUGGGAUACCGCUUACGUGGUCGAUUUAUAAGCGUCCUCAAUGAUUUUGACUUGUCAUCGAUCAAACGGUUUUUGUCCUCAGUUGAAGACGCUCCCAAAGGUUUCGAGCGCACAGGAACGGUGCCCUUCAUGUCGUUGAAACUUCUCGUGCCAGAUGCCAUUGCAGGCAAAGUAGAGCACGUGUACUGUCAUGAUGCUGAAUCCUUCAUCUGGGUCCUCGCCUGGGUCUGUCUUCGGUACGGAAACGGCAAGCUUCUCAGGAAGAACCGACCACUCGAUGAAUGGUUGACAGUCGAUGCCCAGGGAUGUUAUAAAGAGAAAAUGGCCUUUUUGGGAAGUGUGCUCAGCAUGCAUCCAACGCCAUCGCACCAAAAGAACUUCGACGUUGCAAGACAAUGCUUAGGGCUGGUUUACGGCAGUAUAGGCCCAUUUCCAUACGUUCCAAUGGACGAUGAAGAGGUAUUCCGGACAUGGCUUAAGAACCAUAUACCGGAGAAUAUUCUUCAAGGCAAUCUCUCGUCUGGCCAUUAAGGUAGGUCACUAUACUUGUAGCUGAUCAGACAGGGGCCUCAGAAAUGUCCUAUACUAUCAUGUAAAUUGAAUGUAGAGCGAACAUAGUGCUCGGCGUUAUCUUUACUUCUGUAUUGCAUGUUCAAAUGUUCAGGCCUAGGGCUCUAUAUCCAUGCUCGCCCUU